AUGGAUCGUGCCGGCCCUCCUCCAAAAGACAAGGUUGAGGCCCUUAAGGCGGUCGCAAAGAACGCUGGGGUCAACAAGACGCAGCUGCAGUCCCUCUGUUCCAUCAAUGGUUUGCCCAAGACCGGAAACAAGCCUGAUUUGGUGAAACGCCUUAUCGACGCUAUCCAGCAAUGCGUUGCGCGCGGCGACGGCAUCAGUUUCAAUACAUUCUACCGCAGUUUCGAGACAACCGUGCCCUGGUUCCAUACCUACGUGUCUAACACGGGUAUGCUGGAACAACCAAGCAAGCCACCACCACCGCAGAUACCGCAAACCGCAGUCUACCCACCCGUUCCAAGUCAAGCCAACACUUCAAACGGCUAUGCCAUGGCUUCCUACGGCGUGCCCAGCGGCUCCUACAACCCGCCCAAGGGCGUCAGCAGACCACUUGACUGGUAUAACCAACAACGGCACGAUUUCCAGUUCAAGCCCAGCGUUUUCUACGAGAUCCAGUACCGAAUCGGGGAGGUCAAAGAGUGUGAACCGAUGCAGCAACAUAGGCAGACUGUGUCCAUCAAACUCAGGAUCUCAGAUUAUCCCCAGCUCAACAACAUCACAAACGACCCUUCACUAAGGAUCAUGAUGUACUGUGCCGCUGGCAAAAAUGGUGUCCAAGACAUCGCCUUUCCCUACCAGUCGGAGCUCAAGGUUAACGGCGGCGAUGUCAAGGCAAAUCUGCGAGGCCUGAAGAACAAACCUGGGUCUACUAGACCGGUUGACAUCACGGACUCGCUUCGUCUGAAGCCGAACACAUACACGAACAACAUCGAAUUUACGUAUGCCCUCACCAGAGAGCAUUUCUACCUCGUAGUAUACCUUUGCAAAACACCGACUAUCGAGGAACUGGUGUCGAGAAUCACCAAAAAGAUCCGUGCCGAGUCGGUGGUUACCGAGAUCGCAGACAAGGCUAACGACCCCGACGUGGUCGCUACAUCACAAGUUCUGAGUCUCAAGUGCCCAUUGUCCUACAUGAGGUUAAGUAAGCCGUGCCGAGGCGUGAACUGUGGUCAUAUUCAGUGUUUCGAUGCCACAUCAUACCUUCAACUUCAGGAACAAGGGCCACAGUGGUUAUGUCCCAUCUGCAGCAAAUCUGUGCCGUUCGACCAGCUGGCGAUUGAUGAGUACGCCAUGGGCAUUCUCGAAGCGACUCCCAAAUCUGUAGAGCAGGUUACCAUUGAACCCACCGGCAAGUGGAUAGAACCAGGCACGGAAAAGGUGACGAUUCCUGACUCUGCUGAGGCGAGCUUUGUCGAUGACGAUGACCUGUAUGUUUCGGAAGUCCUCUCGGCAGCAAACCACGACUUCUCGACGCCCGGUCGUUCUACUACCGGCGCGUCAACUACACUUAUCGGCACUCCGAUGAACGGAAGCACAGGCGGCACGCCUUCCCUGGCAAGAUCAACGAAUAAUAACAACAAACGUCCGGCGCCCGAAGUUAUUGAUUUGACGCUGUCAGAUGACGACGAGCCGCCCAGGCCUAUGAAGCGGGGUAACUACGGGACGAACGCGUAUUAUGGGUCCAACUCUUAG